AUGGCCAAAGCUACGGAAUCAACCAAGAAAAAGACUACACGACGCCUUCGAGCGACUUCGUCAGUUCCCCCCGACGACAUCGUGCCGAGUCACUGCGAAGACGUGACCAACUCUGAAGGCCUUUCCGUCGGUUUGACGGACGAAGAAGGUCGUCCGAAGAAUGCAUUCAUCGACGAUGAGGCCGAGGAGGACAACGCCGAGGAAACCGAAAUCAUCGACAAGGACGAGUACGAGUUCGUUGACCACGGGGAGUCUACUGGAUUAGAGGAUGGCGUCCCCGCCGCCGACAAUGCAUUCGUCCCCGCGAUCGAGGAGCAUACUGCCGGUGGAGCAACUCUCGAACACGCUGAAGGCGCCGAAGCGACGGGGCACACGAAUGAGAACGAGUCGGACGGAGAACAUUCAGCUCACUCCCUCGAGUUGCAGGCUGCCGCUGCAAGCACUCCGGAGAACAAUGGAUCUCGGCCGAUCGACCUCUACUUCGCGUCGUUUCAGCCGAACAAAGCCAGUCCAGCCUACCAAGCGCUCCUCAACGACGGAUGCUUCGAAUGGACCGGCAUCAGCGACUACGGAUAUUGCAACAACGUGUACAAGACCAUCCAUCUAUACAAGCAGGGCCCUAUGUUGACUUCGUCGGCGUGGAAGCCAACGAGUCCGACCAACUUUCCCGACUUUCAACUGUCGAUGAGGACAUUGUAUCCGGCUUUCCCCGUGAUGAAAACCAUAUGCAACACGCUCGCGUUCAGCGCCAGUUCUGGAUUCGUCAACCUGUCCCGUGUCAACCCUGCGCGAUUCAUGUUCGACGACACCAACCAGACGAACGCCGCCACCCUCACUCGAAUCAGCGACGCGACCACGCCCGCCUUUUGUAUGUCGCUCGGCCUGAUCAGAGAAGCGUUCGUCGGUCCCAACGGUCUCAAUAUCGAGCAAGCAGUUCGCCGCGGGAUUACUCUUGCACCGUUCGAGUGCGAGGCGUACCGCAUCUUCUCGUGCGCCAACGAGAUCGCCAAGUUCAAAGACGAAGACCACUUUAUUGUCCCGCUCUAUUCUAACGGGGGCAUACUGUUCGCAACGAAGCCCAUCGGACCCGACGGUCGUCGACCCAACGUUCCGGGGUGGACAGCCGUCCAAACCCAGAAGCGACAGAAACCGGAGAUGAUAUCUGACCGCUCCACCCAGGGACGGCGUAAGAUUGGAGUUCUUGAAUACGUCGACGAUAUCCCGAUUAUCGACGCGCGGCGCAAGCCCGUUGCUUGGGGCACCGACACUUUUGCGCAAAUCACCAACGACAAGAUGUGGCCGCGGUUCACGGACAACUUGGAGAGGGAUGCCGUCGCCGUCGUCGUCUACACCGUCAACCGGUGGGGACACGAGGGUAUGCGCCGCCUCACCUUCAACAUUAAUGCCGUCGUUGUUGUUGCCGACAAUAUCGAGGCGGUGAGCGCCAAAGCCGCUGACACCAUUGAGCGGGAGACCGCGUCGCUUGGUGUUAAGAGAAGCAGGCUCACGCGUGUUCGGCCCGACGCAGCUGGCGUCGAAGAGGCGUGCGCAGAAUCCUCGACUAAGAAGCGCAAGCCCGAGGAUGCUUGA